UCAUGAAAAAUAUAUUUUUUUUUAAUAAUUCUCACUGUGCAUAAAGCAGGCAGCUGCAGACGUUUGACAUGCAUCUCCUCUGGUUUUGGGGGGUUAACCAGGCUACAGUUUUGGGUGAAGGAGCGGUUGUGUCGAGACGCUGUGUUUCGGGGUGGCAGCUCCGCGUGCGUCCAGUAGGGGGAAUCGACUGCUCACUCUGGCGCCGUCCCCUCUCGUCUCCACUCCUCUUCCCCGCGUUCUCCCAGGUUGUGGAAACGCUGCAGCCCGCUGGUCUGUGUCUGGAUCCCUCACUCGCGCAGAGCCGCUCAAGACCCUCCCACCGGCUGGGCUGGGGUAGGAGGAGGAGGAGGAGGGGGAGGAGGAGGAGGAGGAGGAGGAGGCAGUCUGCUCUGCUCGCAGCCUCGGACGAGCCCCCUUUACCACCCUGUCAGUGUGGAGGAGAAGGAGAGAGCGAGAGUAGCUGUGUGACAGAAAGAGAAGGAGGCAGGCUGCUUAGAGGAGUGAGAGGAAGAAACGAGGAACACAUUUUACAAGAGCAUAAAGAGGAAGGAUCGCAGACGAGGGACUCCUUCUCCACUGGGCACCCGGGACACAGUCACUGUGUUUUUUCACUUGUCUACUAUCUGGAACUCAGUGGAUUGACUAACCAACCAGUGGAUUUUUCUUUUUUUUUUUUUUUUUUUUUUCAAAUAUACGCUCGUGCCACAUCAUUUAGAAACUGGGAUAAUUUCUCUGUCAUCUGUCUUCUUCUCGCUGGCUCAACGGCUCCAGACUGUGAUUUGCUUUCUGUGUCUGUGUUCAGCUCUCGUGUUGCGAUUUCUAUCUCCCCCCCCUCACCCCCUCCUCUUCACCCACCUACCCCACCACCACCACCACCACCACCCACCCCCUUCUCUCGCACAAAGUGCAUCUGUCGGCAGCCGGCACUGAGGAUAUCUCCCCUCUGUCAAACAGGACAGCAUCGUUGAAUCAGACUACAGAGGCGCGAGAGCGAGAGAGAAAGUGUGUGUGCAUGUAAGAGAGGGAAAGAGUGAGAUAGAGAGAGAGAGAGAGAGAUUAAAGCUCAGGCUAAAGACUGGAGUGAAACAGCUUAAAUAGAGGAGUGAACCUAUACGUCCUCUCCCAUUUUCCUUACCAUUCCUUUCCUCCUCCUCUCCUCCUCCUCCUCUUCCUCUCCCAUUUUCCAACAUUCACAGGACUGCCAGAGCUACUGCCACCUGCACCUCCUCCUCCUCCUCCUCCUCCUCCUCCUCGCGUCUUCUCUUUCCUCCUCCUCCUCCUCCUCCUCCUUUACCUCACCCUCGCUAGGCGUUACUAUCUGAUAGCAGCCGCCGGCAAAACACGCCGCUCCUGGUCCUAGCACUUGUGGAAAUAUUUCCGUUGAUCCGGCACUGAGAGACUGAAGUGAGCAUCUGCCUGAUCUGAUUCCGAGUCUCCGGACCCGGCGAAGCACAGUUUCGUGAGAGGCAGACCUUCUCCCGGCCGCUGACCCUGCUUUCUCCCUGGAGACCGGCUAGUGACACAGCGGACAGCAAAGACAGGAAUUGCACAGCUCCUCUGUUGCCUCUAUCCCAUUGCUAGCUUCUUGGCAGCUCCCGCCCCCGUGUCACCAUUCCCUGCCUCAGUGCUAAGGAUUCCAGCUACAUGGGCAAGCGAUUGGAGCAGCAGCCAAUGUACCCUCAGUACACCUACUACUACCCCCACUAUCUCCAGACCAAGCCCUAUGCUCCACCCCCUCAUCCCAUGGCUCCUCCCAGCCCCAGCACCAACAGCUGCAGCCAGGGAGGGGCGGAGCAGCUGAGUAAGACCAACCUGUACAUUCGAGGCCUGCCACCUGGGACCACCGACCAGGACCUCAUCAAGCUCUGCCAACCGUAUGGAAAAAUAGUGUCAACCAAGGCCAUUCUGGAUAAGAACACUAACCAGUGCAAAGGCUAUGGCUUUGUGGAUUUUGACAGCCCAGCUGCAGCACAGAAGGCCGUGUCGUCUCUCAAAGCCACUGGUGUGCAGGCCCAAAUGGCCAAGCAACAAGAGCAGGACCCCACCAACCUGUACAUCUCCAACCUGCCAGUGUCUAUGGAUGAGCAGGAGCUGGAGAACAUGCUGAAGCCUCUGGGUCACGUCAUCUCCACGAGGAUACUGAGGGAUGCCAAUGGGGUCAGCAGAGGAGUCGGCUUCGCGAGGAUGGAGUCUACAGAGAAAUGUGAAGUAGUGAUACAGCAUUUCAACGGAAAAUACCUGAAAACCCCACCAGGCAUUCCAGCUCCCACGGAGCCUUUGCUCUGCAAAUUUGCAGACGGAGGGCAGAAGAAACGCCAAAGCCAGAGCAAGUACCCUCAGAACGGGAGGCCGUGGCACAGAGAAGGCGAGACUGGCAUGGCGUUAACAUACGAUCCUGCUGCAAUGCAGAAUGGGUUCUACUCCUCGCCUUACAGCAUCGCCACCAACCGCAUGAUCGCACAGACCUCCAUCACGCCCUUCAUCGCUGCUUCCCCCGUUUCCACAUAUCAGGUCCAGAGUACGUCAUGGAUGCCUCAUCAACAAUAUGUUAUGCAACCUACAGGUGCAGUGAUCACGCCAGCCAUGGACCACACUAUGUCCAUGCAGCCUGCCAGCAUGAUGGGCCCUCUCACCCAACAGAUGAACCAUCUGUCCCUGGGCACUACAGGAAGUUACAUGACUGCUGCAGCCGCCGCCGCGCCUAUGCAAGGGACCUACAUUCCCCAGUACACUCCUGUGCCUCCAACAGCCGUCCCUGUCGAAGGAGUGGUGACAGACGCCUCACCCCAGACAGUGGCUCCUUCAUCACAGGAGGUGGCUGGCCAGCAGCAACAGAUCCAGGUGGACAGUGCUGCCGACCAUGUUCCUGCUUACUCAUACCAGUCCAAAUAGCAACGGCCUGAGCGAAUGUUCCUGUGACAGCGUUGCCUUGAGACAGAAGGUGGCUGCACUGUGAAUGUGAGGAAAAGAGAAAAGAAAGAGAUUGCUUCCAGAUUGCCCAGGCACCAAAAAAGAGACACUUUUUUCAUUUCCUACCUGGCCUACGAGAAAAAAAAAAAAAAAAAAAAAAAAAAAGCGGAGAAAAAAAAUCAAGGAGGCAAGGAGUGCUGAGGAAGGAGGGAAUGUGGAAAUUGCUGGGCACAGUGCAAAGAGGUGAAAUUGUUUAGUCUGGGAACCUGGCUGAAGGGCUGGGCUGAAGCUUGAAAAGUUUCUCAAAGAAAAUUCUCAACCAAGUUAAAAAAAAAAAAGAAAAAAAAGGAAAAAAUAACAAAAUAACUUAAAAAAAAAAAGGUUGAAUGCGCAGGUAGGUGAUGAAGUUUAUUUUGUAAUUAGAAAAAGGGGAGUCAAGUUUGAGAUACACACAGAGAUUGUCUUCCUCAGAUAUUAAGCUACAGUUUCUUUUCAGUCUUUUUUAUGUUCUAGUGUUAAAUCUUAGUUUUCUAGAUAUAUUCAAAAACAAAGUGUUUUUUCUUUCUUGAAUCUUCAUGGCCUUAAUUUGAAGGGCGCCAGAAACUUUUUACAGAGUUACGUCUGACGUCUGGUUCGGGUGGGGCGGGGGGAGAAAAAAAAAGAGCAAACAAAAUCCGUCUCUUGGACCACAUGGAGGGUACAAGACACUGGAUGAGUUGUUUUAAAGAGGAAAACAAAACAAAAAAAAAAAGAAUCUAUCACAUAAGCUGUACAGAUUUAAUAGACAAGAGCUUUUUCUUUUCUUCAUUAGAAGAAAACUUUGAUAAUUAUUAUGUCAGAGGUAACUAAGUGUCAGAAGAAAACUAAAUGUCUGUUGGGGAAAAAAAAAAGACUCGCGGGGGGGAUGAAGCUUUGAAGAGAUUUUUCACAAUGAGGAAAAAAAAAGUAAACAUAAGAAAACAUGCUGCAUUGUGGAUGCAGUCUGUUGCAAAAUGCUGAACAUGUUUUUUAUUAUCAUUAUUAUUUUACAUGGCAAAGUUGCUGUCAAUGACAUUAGUGCUUUUUAUCUGCCACAUUUUACCUUUUUUAUGAGCUUUAAGAUGUUUUUAGCCCGCUUUGCUUGUCACUCCGCAAAAAGACGAAAAAAGACGACGAAAAAAAAUCAUAAAACUUUAAAAAAAAAACAUACACUUCAGAAAUAAUUCUGGCAGUAGAACAAAAACAGUAGAUUCAGUAGGAGCUUAUGGUUUAAACCAAUCAGUGCAAAAGCAAUAGAAGAAAUUGUUGACAAUUUCUGUAGUCUUUCCUAGUUGUGGAUCAAAUGCAGCCCAUGGAUGGCCAUUUUUAUACCAAAGAUGAAGAGACACUCUGAAACAGAGUUUUGUUUUGUUUUUGUUUUUUUUUCCUUUUCAUUUUUCAGUUUGAUUUUGUUGUUGUUGAUGUUGUUGUUGAUGAUGAUGAUGUUAAUGUUGAUAUUGUUGUUGAUGUUGUUGUUGCUGUUGUCGUCGGUUUUUUGUUGUUUUUUUAUUUGACCUUAAUGGCCGGACCAGUCCUUACUAUCCUUCCUGACAUGUUCCUCACACCUGGUUUUAGAUCAUUUCUCAUGGUUGUCCGAGCUGUCACACACACACACACACACACACACACACACACACACACAUACACACACAUACACACAUACACACACAUUUCUGAACAUGCAAACAUUCACUAACUCAUGCACACACACACACUUCAGACAGUAUUUAAACGUGUGGCACAACCGUUCUACCGAAAGUCCUUUUUCCUUUCCUCGCCUUCUCUUCUCUUGUGUUUCGUCCCUCCUGUGAUGCUUUCACACGACAUGGGAGCAUUCCUCCUCUCUCAGAUCCUGCAGGGAUAACUUUAGGAAACAGAUGGGGGAAUGUUGCUAGCUACGCUCCGUGGUUGUUGAUGCAUUGCUUCCAGCGUUGUCCUCAUUCCCGUCUGUCUGUCUGUCUGUCUGUCUGUCUCUUUAUCUCUCUGAUCCAACCAUAACUAACUCAACUAUUUCUCAGUGCACUAAGCUUCAGUGGGAAUCUCCCUGCUGCUGUUUGAUCUUACGUUAAUCUCUGUGUCAUCUCGACGUACAUCGUUUUUUUUUUUUUUUUUUUUUAAUAUUUAUGUGCUCAGAAUACCAGAUGAGUCUCAUUUGCUGCAUAUUGUAUAUGCAGGUAAGUUGUUAAGUCACAAAAAAAAUGGAUUCUUUAGCAAUGAUUGCAUAAACUUUAGGGCACUUACCGGCACUUACCCAGUGUGUUUGGCAGCCGAAGCCCAUUCAAAUAACUUUUAGAGCUCGAUAAAACACUUAAAUGAACAGUUAGAGACUUUAGACGUUAGAAUUUCAAUGGCAUAAUGGAUUUAAUGGUUAAAAUAAAAAAAAAACUACAACCAGCAGUUGAUUAGCUUAACUUAGCACAGGCUCCAUCCAAUGGUAGGGUCUCUAAAGCUCACCAACUAACAUAUUAUAUACUGUAUAAUGGUUAGGUGCUGGACCACUGACUUUUGUUGUAACUGAAGUUGACAGGCAACAAAAGAGAUGUUGCACUCAUUCCUUUAAAAGACAUUAAAACAGAAGCAGAGCUGACUACUAAACUAAUGCAGCUUUGCUUCAUUAUCAGCUUGCAUCGCAAAACUACCCUCUCCACUGGAUUCCGUCACUGUGACACGUAGGAGGAAUGGAAGACUGUGUGCUGAGGACCGGCCGUCUUGAACGCACCCAUGGUCGUUUAUUCAGUAUCAGGUCAGCACACCUGUUGGACCUAACCGGGCUCCUCACCGUCCGUAACGAGACGCCGAUGGCAGCUCCUUCCUCGACCCCGCCGCUGUCACUUACACCCGCGGCCGUCACAAUCGGUUGCACAAACGACCCCUCGUCUCAUCUGAUCCGGCCUUUCCACCCCCUGAGCUGCGUGAGGUUUUCAGUGACUUCAUCUCUGAGAAUUGUCCCCGUGGGACAACGGACAUCUCUGCCCGCAUUACAGCAGCCUGUGUGUGUGUGUGUGUGUCCGCUCCGAUCACCCAUGCCCUCCUCGCUCUGCCCCAACCGUGGUUCUCCAGCACUAAAAAGACCCCUGCUUCACUGGCACUAUUAGCGUGCCAUGGCCAAGCCAGGCUCCUUUGCUCUCAUUUUCCCUGGCUGUCAUUCUCCCCCUGUCUCUCUCUCUCUCUCUCUCUCUCUCUCUCUCUCUGAGGCUUCUUCUCUUUAUUGGAUGGUGCAGAAGCAGAACCACAAACCAAUUUCAGUCACUCUCGCAAUGAGGCUUGACGGGCCCAAUUUGUCUCCCUCCGGGGCAAUAGGAUCCACUCCAGUGUCCCUCAAAAGACCCCUUUCUUCCAGACAGAGAGGGAGCUUUUUGUUUGCUGACAAUUGCAAUUGAGCUCCUGCAGUUCAUGUGACUCAUUCAAAUCCAGUGCCACUGAUGGCGCGCACAGUACAGGCGGCCUAUGUCAUCGGGCGUUGGUUGAUGUUUCGUAAGUUAACAAUCAGCUUGUAUCGAGUGCCUUUUCACAAAGCUUCCAAAUGAUUCCAAAGGAUCUGUGUAGUGGUUAAUAAGGCAAACGGUACGGAAGAGGCUGUUAAAGAGGGUGUGCUGAGGAAACACUACGAAAUAUCGAAGCUACUCUCUGGUGCUAAAGAUGAAGUCGUCCCGGGCGUCUGCCUUCAAGUCCCUGAAGCGAACCGCCCCGUCAGAGCGCCACUUUUCAUUUAAAUUUUCCUCAUUCACACCCUAAAUGCUGUAGAUUCUCGUCUUCCAUCCGUCGGCGGAGGUCAGAAGCCACAUGUGUCAUUCAGGCUGCCUCUCAGCGACUGUUCAGCUGUUUAUUGUCCAAUCAAAUCAACACAUGCCGCCUUCCCUUUCAUCCAAUCUGCAGCUCUACAUCUGCUUUCGCUCGCCCCAAGGCAACGAUUUGCUCUUAUCUCCCGAUGAACAAGUCUUUUCCACAUCUUUAACAGCUAACAACUGUUGGGUUUUAGGGCUCCCUGGGUGUCCCAGCGCUGCUCAUCUCUUCAUACUUGUUACGUGAAGUCAUUGCGUCCCUGCAUCGUGGCCAUUUUUAAGUGUCCUGAUGAGACAACAGAGCUGCUACGUGAUAACUUUUACCAGUUUUAAGCUAGUGUGUGUGUGUGUGUGUGGCCGUGUGCAUGCGUGACGUGUUUUUCUUAAUGUUUCAACUACAGUGUAGCUAAAUCCAGUCCUCUAGACUUUUACAGUUGUUGUUUUAUAGAGUACGGAAGACAUUUUGAAGCUUAAUAGGACUCAUAAUGCAGGAGUUGCACAUCAGAGAGCAGAGCAUCGUACAAAUGGCGUGGGAUUCAGUAGUAAUGGCGUUAUGGGAAAUAGGGUUACAAAUAGCCAUGGGAUUAUGGAAAAAUGCACAACACAGAAUGUCAGCUCUAUUUUGCUAAUGGAGAUUCAAGAACGAAAAAAAAAGAGGCAGGUGUUUGCUCCGAGUGCACGCCACCAAAAUGUCUUAUAGAGCUGAGAGAUUGCCCAACAAAAAGAAAUGGCUUUUUCUUAAUAGCACAAUGGCAUAAUGUACCUUUUCAGAAUACAAAUACAGUCUUCGAAAGUGUACAGAAGGCAUGCCUGCAAUUUUAAGGAGGCUGUUGCAGAAAUCUGCUCCCAGUCAGCCCAUGUGUCAGCACAAAGCAGCUAUACCGGGAGAGAAAGCGGAAGAAAGGAAAGAGAGAUCAUUAGCUCCUGUUGCCGGGCAGAAGGGGCCCUGAAGUUUCUGUCUUGGUGCAGCAGUGGGCUCCCUGUGCGCGACUCCAGGAGGUGACCAGCAUGACCCCUCACUAAUUAGGAGCUCAUUCUUCUCCUCUCUUACUCCAUCACGGCAACACAGACACUUCCCCCUGUAUAACCGCCGCUCAUCACUUCGUACCUUACUCAGUCCUGAGUUUUGGAUUCAACAUGCCUCGAGUUUGGUUUGUUCUCCUGCAACAGAUCUGCAGAACCUACACAAGCGGCCUCCACCGUCGAGCCUGCGUACGCUGGUGUGUCUGUACCGCUGUAAUGCCGGGAGGGAGAGUUUUCUGUGCUUCUGCAGUCUUGUGAGAGACACGGACGAAGAAAUACCUUUCAGACGAAUCAGAGCUGUUGCAGUCAGCGUCGCUACUGCGCUGUCAUUUUCAUCGUUUAAGUCCUCGGUCUUCAUCUUCCUUAAUGUCCACCUUAGAGAGCCUUUGGCCUUUUCUGCAAAUUUGUGAAAUAACCGUCUCCUCAUUUGUGGAAAGUGAUGAACCCAGUGUUGGCUGCACACAAACAGGCUCCUGGAUCCUAGACGAAGCUGCUGCGUUGUCGCUCAGCGGGUUGCAGGGUUGCUGUCUGUGUUGUCAUUCUGAUCUCUGAGAACACCCGGUCUCUGCUGCCGCUGCUGCUGCUGCUGCUUUAACACUUGUCUCUGCUCAAAGGUCCAGAGGAGACUAUUUGCUUCCAUAAUCCCCCAAAAGUCAAAGUUUAUGCAAUCAUUUGCGAGCAUUUAAUAUUUCACCCGAAAACAUAUUUUUGCGAUUAAACAUUUACCUGUCGAUGUCGUAUUUAUGGUGUGAUGCAGUAAAGAUGACUCAUCUGAUGCCCCGAUGAAAUUCAACCUCUUCUAUUUGACGCAUUAAGAAGGGAAAAGCAUUUUAGAUUUAAGCCAAAUUUGAUUUUCAAUCUCUCCCGCACUCUCUCCAAGGUAACUCUGAUCUUCUGUGAACUUACCUGAAAUACAAAUCUAGAGACUUCACCCUCAUCCUGAUUUCCUCCAACGUUAGUCUUUCAAGGCAAGGUGCUUAUUUCACUGCCCUUUUAAGAAAAAAAAAACUCCUCUUUCAAUCCGUCCCCUCACUCACCACCUCUCACAAAUCACUGCCGCCAUCCCUGAACCUGACACGCUCGAGAAAGUCAUUUAUGUGCUGUGGCUUCCUCGCUGUCACAGGAGUAAACUCAUUAGAUGUAUUACAUGUCAUAUCUCUGUCGCGAGGCUCGUGUGGAUUCAUCAUUUGUGAGCGAGCCGUUCCACAUUGAUUCUUGUGUGUUGGGGUAAAAAAAAAAAGAAAAAAGAAAAAAAAACAGCAGUUCAGAGUUACUCUCGCAGACUGUCUCUCACAGCAGAGUGUAAAGGAGAACCGUGGCUCAAUAACUCAUCACAGAGUCGCACAUUUCGCACAUUCUCCACGCACAUAAUUCCUCCCAUAAGCACGAGGCCCUGUGCUUUUUAAUUGAUGCUCCGGUCCACCUUUGAUGAGAGCUAUUGAUUGGCUGCACAACCCCAGGAGCCAGCCAGCCAGCCAGCCAGCCAGUGCAGGCCUCGUGGAGUUCAAACGUCUCCCAGAGAAAUACUGAAUCUCACCAUCGCUAGGAAACGGCCGACCAAAUUAUCUCGAGAUAGCCAGUGAAUAAAGUGUGUUAGGCGUGUGACUCAUCGAAACAGAUAAAAAGGAACUAUUUAUUAGGACAGCAGAGCGGUUUUUAAUUUCUUGUUAAUUUUCUCUCUCUCUUUUUUUUUUGGUUGUUUCUGUUUGUUUGUUUUUUCCUCUUUCCUUUGUUUCAGCGCCGAGGAGGACAUGGUCACGCCUCACACACGCUGCUCAGUGUGUGUGAUAUUUGAGAAAUUAUCUGUACAUCUGUGGAUGUUAGGAUUUGACUUGGGUUUUAUCAGUUGUUUUUUUUUCUCUCUCUCUCUCUCUGAUGAAGCUUUCAAUAAAAAAAUAUGGAAAAAAAGAAAAGCA